AUGACAAACGAGUUUUAUACGUUGCCGACACCCACUGCCGCACACAAGGAGAAGCGCGACAAAGUGGCAAUUAUCAAGCGAGAAGUCGAGCGACCCCGGUGGGCCAACACUCCACGUAUCGGCAUAGUAUACUCGGCUGAAAACUGGAGUCUUGUCGAGCCACUAGUCAACGACCUGCGCUAUGAGCUAACAGACAACUAUCAUUUCAGCCCAAUCAACAUCAAGAUCACCCAGGUCGAGAGUAUCCACGAAAUCCCCAUGUUCAUUGGCCACUACCACCAGCGCAGCGACAUUGUGUUUGCCAUUGGAAUUGCUUUAAAGUCCUCCCCGCUUUUUGAAGGGAGACUUGUUAGUUUGCUUAAUGAGCGGAUAUGUGCCUUUUCGGUGCCCACUAGGCCGCUGGUGUUUGACCUUGUGCUGGUCAGGGAUGAUGAGGAGCAGCUGUUGUCACAUAUGCAGCUGCUUGAGAAGCAGGGCUUGACAAUGGCUGAAACAUGGGCCAGACGCGCUAUUGACGCAUGCACCAUGCUAUCCAAGACAGUGUCUUGA